UAUUUUUUAGUUUGAACAUAUCAAGUUUAGAGCCUAGAUCCGAAUUUGUUGAUUGUUGUUUUGAAAUAAUUCUCCUAUUCUCCGGCACAGAACUAAAAAUCAUUUCAUAUUGACAGAGUCGUCACCCUCUCUUUUCAAUUCCUGCCAGACGAUAACAAUAUCGAAAUCGAUUUGUCAGUUAGUUUUGAAUGGUUGUCAGCAGCUUGAAUAGCAAAAUGUCCGAAUCAACCGAAUUAGAUUGCACCAACUCAAAAUCCAUGUUGAUUGGAGUCCAUCACGUGGGUGUGACAGCCAAAAUACAGUCUCCACUCAGGAAGGUCCGCCCCCGCAUGGAAAUGUCCAGCGAAUCUGACAUUUUCCAAAAUGUCAAGAUCAAGACCCAAUACAACGCGUUCAAAAAUGAUCGACUGGCAGAGACAACCGGGACCACAAUUUCGGACCACAGCUCCCCGUCCGCUUUGUACAAGAUGCGGGCAGAACCAGAGAAAUUAUUGCUGGGCACCGGGAAGGAAAAGCCGGAGCGCAUUGAGUUCGAGCGCUAUUCGAAGAGGCGCCCCCGCGUCUUUGUUCCCCUUCGUGGUCGUGCCAGAGUCCCCCAGAGGGCAAAGUUGAACAAGGCAUCCCAGGCGCAUCCUAUGAAUGCAGGCCUUGUCAACCGCCUGAUGUACGCCUUGGACAACAUGUGCAAGUGUCAGCCGCAGCACUCGCACAGCAUUAUCGACGAUCUGCCCGAGCCGAACUGGAACAAGAAGGAGGAGUCGCGUCACACCUGCAUCGGUAUCUAUCCGUUCGAGCACGGCUGUGCAGAUUACCUGACCACCACGGACACCCAUCCCAGGAUCAAUGCCAUUGUCCUGGCCGACCGGGCCACCACCUACGCCACCCACUUCUGGGCGGAGCUGUUCGGACUCCUCCACAUCGCCGUGGCCUUUGUGGUGGCCUUCAUUCUACAGGGCUACCGAUUCGUUCUCUACUCCCUGGUCAACACCCUCAUUGUGGGCCUGUUGCACUUGACCUCCGACUACCUGCUGAAGCCCGUGCUGACCACGCUCUUCAAUGGUUUCCUGCAGCCGCCUUUGAUCUUUGCGUACAACAUCCUCUGCUCCAUGCGUGACAUUACGGAGCCUUUGGGUGACGGCCUCGGACAUUUCCUAAAGCCCCUGGCCACUGUAUGCGGGAGCAUUCGACUGGUCGAUGUCAACAACCGCCUUGCCCGACGAUUAUCCAAAGAUGUUUGAUUUUUCCAUGUUUCCAUGUUCUUAUGUUAAAUUGUAUUUUAAAUUCCAUUAAAUUGUGUUCAGUUUUCCGUUUCA